AUGCCUAUCUACCCAACAGCACCUCUUACCAGUUCUAUUCCAGCUCCAGUGAGUGUUGUUUAACCAGUAAGCUAUGCCCAACCAGUGACUUAUGCUCAACCUGUCUCAUAUGUUCCAUAACCAGUCUAAUAUGUGCCCCAACCUGUUUAUCAAUAACCCGUUAUUGCUCAGCCAAUCCUCACCCAAUCAGUUGUAGCUGCCCCACAAUAGGCUCCAAUCAAAGGGGAAUCCAGAGUUGAAUACAGAGAAUUUCAAAGACCUGUAGUUGAAAUGGAAACAGAAACUAUUUAAGUUCAAGUACCAAAAACCAAAUAUGUGACUGAUUAUUAUCCAGUUGAAUACUAAACUGAGUACAUCCCUAGAACAGUUUAUGAGUAGUAAACUGAAUAUGUGCCAGUCACUAAAACUGUGCCUAGAGUUGAAUAUGAUGCUGUUGAGAGAGAAGUAUAAAGAGUGUAAUAUCAACCAGUCUAGACUGUUCCUGUUUAACCAGUUGUUUAAUCAAUUGUUCAACCAGUCCAACCACUCACUUAUUCAGUUGCUAGACCAAUUGCCUAAGCUCCAGUGUAUGCUUAACCAGUAGUUGCUCCAGCUCUCACUUUUUCAGGUGUGAGACCAGCUUAUGCACCAGUUUACCCAAGUUAUCCACCAGUUGGUGCUAGAACACAAUAACCAUAAUAACCAGUGCCAUCCAAUAAACCAUAAUGAGAUAUUAUUUCAUAGACAUUUGCACAGAAUAUUAAUUAUCAUUUUCAAAA